UGUUCAGAUUCACAAGCUCCAAACAGCUGGGCCCAGAGGGACGGAGAGCGACCAGAGGAAAGGUAGAUGGCUGGGUACUCGGGCCCGCUGAAGCGUGUCACCUGCCCUGCAGAACCGCUGGGCCCGGGGCUGGGAGCUGGACCUGUGCGGACCGUUUCUUGCUUUAUGCAUUACGCCUUGGUUCUCAGCCACCCAGCGAACCCUCCCUCCCUGAGAGCCUGCUCAGUGUUUGAGUAGGAUUGUGGGCAGGUCUCUGCCGGGGUGCUGGUCAGCUACCAGGGACUGGCUAGCCAAUAUGGCUGACGAGAAGACCUUCCGUAUCGGCUUCAUCGUACUGGGCCUUUUCCUGCUAUCCCUCGGCACGUUCCUCAUGAGCCACGACCGACCCCAGGUCUACGGCACCUUCUACGCCAUGGGCAGCAUCAUGGUGAUCGGGGGCGUCAUCUGGAGCAUGUGCCAAUGCUAUCCUAAGAUCACCUUUGUGCCGGCGGACUCUGACUUCCAAGGCAUCUUGUCCCCAAAGGCCCUGAGCCUGAUGGAGAACGGGCUUUCAGAGGUGAAGAGCCCCCAACCCCCCUAUGUCAGGCUAUGGGAAGAAGCUGCCUAUGACCAGAGCCUUCCAGACUUCACUCACAUCCAAAUGAAGGUCAUGGGCUACAGUGAGGACCCCAGGCCCCUGCUGGCCCCUGAGCUGAAGACGGGAACCAGCAGUGGUGGGGAGGGGGAGCCUCGUUCUGCUCAGGCCUGGAUGGAUGCUGCAGUGGUCGUCCACAGGAGCUCGGAUGAGAAUGAGGGAGGAAGAUCCCGUACUCAGAGCAGCCCAGCAGCGUGUUCCCCAGGCCCUGCACCCUUGGCCUCGUUCCAAGACGACCUGGACGUGGGCUCCAGCGACGGCAGCAGCCCUCAUCCGUCCCCACCCGACAGGGAUGAGCCGAAGCCGCAGCCGCAGCCGCCCUGGGCCAGCGGAGGGCCCCUGGAUCGCUUCAGUGACUUUGCUCUGAUUGAUGACGCCCCCACAUCCGAGGACAUGGUCCCGGAGGGGCCGGUCCGGGGGGCGGCUCUGCCCAGCAAGCAGCGGCCGUCCCUGACGAUGAAGAAGAAGGAGACUGCAGAGGAACCGGAGCAGGAGGAGGAAGACCUGUACUACGGGCUUCCGGACAGCCCUGGGGACCCCCUCCCUGACAAAGAGUUGGGCUUUGAGCCCGAUGUCCACAGCUGAGAUGAAACGGCUUCCUGGGUCGAGCCUGACAGCGCUGCUCUCUUCACACGAUCCCAUAAGGGCUCAGUUUUCCACCUCCCAAACCGGAUUGUAUGGAGGAUCAAGUGAGGCAGCAAGCUGAAGCAUUCUGGGAAAUGAAAAGAACCACACAAGGGUGGAGGGAAUUCAGCAGUCACACACACACACACACACACACACACACACACACACCUGUGAGCCACAUGCUUCUCUGUAGCUUGCUCUGCUGACCUGCAGGUAGAGUGGGGUUUUCUGAGGCCCCGUGUUACAGCGAGACCCUCGGAAGCCCUUUCCAUCUCUCGAUGCUGGCCUCUGUUUGGGCCGUUCUGUGGUGCUACCCAGGGCCCCCAUUCCUUCAUGGAGGCCUCUCAGGGCCCCAUGGCCACUGAGUUUCGGUCCCCUGAUAGGUACUUUGACUCACCCCACUCCGCACUGAUGAGGUUUCUUGGCUUAGUCUCCUCAGUGGUUCCUCUGCUCUGUGACCCUCUGUGGCUGACCUCUGCUGACCUGACAUAACCUCUGGAUAGCUCUGUGGUCUCUCCUGUUACUGCAGUUGCCCCUAGCCCAUGCCCACGGCCUUGCUUGAGCUGUCUUCCUCCAGGGCCCCUUGUGCUGGGUGAAUUCACACUCAUUGCUAUACCUCUACCAAGUGACCUUUUUCUGCCAGCUUUCCUGGCAUCCCAGCUCCUAGUUGAGGAUGUUUUCUCUGUUCUUGUGCAUCCAUUUCUGUGGCUGGUUGCUUGCCACUGCCCUGGGACAGCCUUCAUUCACCAUAAUUUCCAGGGGACUCUGGGUAUGUGCAGAUCUCAGAAGAUCUUGGAACCUUGGCAGAUAAUGUCACCCUCCCCAAUUUUGACAAGCAUGGACUCCGUCUCCAGCACCCACUUUUCUAAGUGGCUUCUAGACAGUCACAAAACCAGGCAGAAAGCUACCGGAAGAACCCAGCAGCAGUUCACAGAACACACUUGUACUGGCUUAGAGCGGACAAAACCCCGCUGCUAGAUUGAUUCCUCUUGAUGCCCUUGGCAUUUACUGGACAUCUGCUAUGUGCCAGGCACUCAGCUUAGAAAAGAGACAUUGGUCCUUGAGCUCCCAAAGGCCUCCCAAUCUCGUGAGCUUGCUGUAAGCUUGGGGACAGAACAGAGAGUCACUCCGGGCUGCAGAUCUUCCAGCCUUCUGCUCUCAGCCCAGGAUGGAGGGAGCCAUAGAAAGGAGGGUCCUGCAACCUCCUCCAGCCAGGCCCACACACUUAGAGCUGUCCUGAGAUCUCUAAGAGGAGGGCUCUGGGAGAAGGUCGGGGGUCCCCGCCAGGGGAAGGAGAUACCACUGGUGCGGAGUGAGAAGGAUACACCGCAACUCUCUCCCCUUCUGGGGCAUUUCUACCUCUUCAGGAAAGAUGCCUCCACCAGGCACCUCCUCUCUGCUGGGGCAUCACAGACCAGGCAUCCCCAUCACGCCCCAGCCAUGGGGGAGGUGGGAUGUGGCAGGCUGCUGCAUUCUGCUGGCCCAGGAAGGGACGUCUGUGACCCACAGCGGACAUCGAGCAGAGCCAGCACCAAGGGCUGAAAUAAAUAAAAACGUUUUUACCAUUGAAAGGUCA